GUGUUGAGGUUAUGUACGAAAAAUUCUCUGUGAUCUUUGACGUUGGUAAAGCAGACCCGCCAGCCAGUGGCGCAUUCUGUCAAGGUAGUUCGUCGAAUCUCCACAGUAGCGCUUCGGUGCGAACCUGCAAACUCUCGACUUGUGGACUCUCGAGAGCUGUCAGUCACACGUUGUUCCCGCUUCCCGCAUGGGUUGCUUCCUGGUAUAGACAGUUCCUGAGUGUCCUGUGAUGAUGAACGGAGGUUGUCUCGCGGACAGGACGUCCCUGUCAGAGCCCAAGAAGGAUCUCCUUAACCCCUUCGUGCAUCACCUGGAGUUGACCACCACCUACGAGAAGAUCAAGGCUGGUAUCCUAACAGUUGUGGUGUUGCCUGUUCGGCUCGCCAUCAUCGCAGGGCUGCUGAUACUAGCCUGGCUGCUCGCUUGCAUCGGACUGUUCGGACUCUCUGAGAAAGACCUACAAGAACGACCUAUUUCACCAUGGCGACGGGUCCUGCGAAGCAUGUGUGCGUCCACUAUGCGCUUCAUGUUAUUCUGGUGGGGGUUCCAUUGGUUGCGGGUGAAGGGAUCGAAGGCUUCGAGGUUUCGAGCUCCCCUGCUUGUUCUAGCUCCACACUCCUCCUUCUUCGACAUCCUCCCCAUCAUCUACAUGAAGGAUGUCACUAUCAUCUCCAAGGCGGAGAACCUUAAAUUGCCCUUCAUUGGAAAGUUGAUCAACUUCACGCAGCCAGUGUACGUGUGGCGAGAUGAUCCCCACUCUCGACAGAAAACCAUCCAGCAGAUCAUAGACAGAGCGACAUCACCUCUGGACUGGUCUCAGAUGCUGAUAUUCCCUGAGGGGACAUGCACCAACAGGUCGUGCUUGAUCACAUUCAAGCCCGGAGCGUUCUACCCGGGUGUUCCUGUGCAGCCAGUGAUCCUGAGAUACCCCAACAAGCUCGAUACUGUCACCUGGACUUGGCAGGGACCUGGCGCACUGAAGCUGAUGUGGCUGACGCUAGUGCAGCCCCAUAGCAACUGUGAGAUUGAGUUCCUACCUGUGUACAAGCCUAGCGAGGCAGAGCGCAGAGACCCCAAGUUGUAUGCUGAGAAUGUGCGCCAGCUAAUGGCACGAGCGCUCGGUGUCCCCACGGUGGAGUACACAUACGACGACUGUCAACUGGUCGCUAAGGCCUCUGAGCUCCAGAUACCUCGCUCGUCUAGUGUCUUGCGCAUCGUCAAGAGCAGGAUCAGACUAGGGCUGACAAGGAACCAAAAAGAAGAAAAGCUAGUGUCAGAUGACCCUGACUUGCUCAAAGGUGACGAGAGAGUGGACUGCUCUACCUUCGCAGAGAGGCUGGGAGUCUCACCUACUGACCCUGCGUUGAAGGACCUCUUCGCUCUUCUCAGUCCUGAUGAUAAGAAUCAGGUUGAUUUUGCUGAGUACCUACUUGCAGUAUUGAUGGUUGAACGUUCAACCACACAAAGCGAGAUGAUUUCUCUGGCCUUUGAACUGUGUGGAGAUGAUUUUCGUCUCAGUAGGCACAAGGUGGCUUUAAUACUAAAGUUAGUCCUUCAAAUGGAAGAUGUGGAGGCAACUAAAUUAAGCCUACAAAUACCAGCUGACGAAGACGGGUGUAUAUCUGAAGAACAGUUUGAGUUGUUCCUGGACUCGAGGCCAGAGCUGUUACAAAGGAACACUGAAGACAACAGACACAACAAAAAUGACUGACCCUUGGAAACUUCUCCACCCCCCACUCUCCCCCCUCCUGUAUUGUGAUAAGGCUGUGCGACUGUACAUACCACCUGAGAUGUUAAAUGUUUAUAGUUAAGUUAUGAAAAAUAAAUGUUAUG